AAAAAAGUAAUAGAAAACAAAACAAAAAGCAAAAAACCAAAAGGGAAAAGCAAAAAGUGUAUAGCUUUUCUGGAUUUGUUUCAAUUCUUGUGAUCAUUUCUGUAAUGAGAUGAGAUACAACUAUGCAAUUCUUUCUCUGAAUUAGGUGUAGGGUUAGGGUUAAGGUUUCAAUUUCACACGCUCCAAUCACAGGAGAAAACCACCCAGUUCCAAUGCGUAACCGGUGCCACUCUUCCCUCGCAUUCCUCCUCAAAGUCCUCAAUUUCCUCCAGACCUUCAUUGGAAUCUCCAUCAUUUUCUACUCCUUAUGGAUGCUCAAUCAGUGGAACCACCAAAUACCGGUUCCUUCACCUCCGGCGCCGUCGCCGGAUUCUUCUCAAUUUCCUUUCUUGAUGUCGGAUACGGCUAGGGUUCCUGAAGACAAGACCAAUCCCUUGGCUUUCGCCGCUGAUAUGGUUUCUGGGUCCGAUGACAACGGGCUCGUACUCCAGUUCAUCACGCUUCCCGCUCCAUGGUUCAUCUACUCAUUUAUGGGUGUGGGAAUUGUGGUAUGUUGUAUUACUUGCAUCGGUCACAUUGCGGCUGAGGCAAUUAAUGGCUGCUGCCUCUGUUUUUAUACUAUGCUCACAGUUUUACUCAUUUUACUGGAAGCGGGUUUGAUAGCAUUUGUUGCUUUCGAUCAUCAUUGGGAAAAGGAUCUUCCAUUUGACCCAACUGGAGAACUUGAAAACUUUCGUUCUUUCAUUGAAGGCAAUAUUGAUAUUUGUAAGUGGGUUGGCAUAACUGUGGUCUCAAUUCAGGCAUUAUCUUUACUACUAGCAAUGAUCCUGCGAGCCAUGGUUUCUACUCAGAAAACAGAUUAUGACAUUGAGGAUGAUUAUACUGCUGCUGGGAGGAAUCGGGAGCCACUCCUAAACCCACAAGCAAGCCAAACUUCUGGGUCAUCAAAAGGUGAUGGCAAAGGGGCUUAUUUGGAGACCUGGAGCUCACGGAUGAGAGAGAAGUAUGGUUUGAACAGAGGCAAUGUCAAAGUAUAAUAUACUGAAUGAGAAUGCAUCAUCGAACAUGGAAUCCAACUAAUGAAGGUUUGAGAAGGCAUUGUAUCUCACAGGACAAAGGGAGAGAGAGAGAGAGAGAAAAAAAAAACAUGGCUGUAUGUGUUUGUAAAUCCUUCUUUGUAGUCGAGCGUGUUCCAGUGCUCUUCAAUUCUUUUUUCCUUGAGUCUCUGGUCGAAGCUGUGAUGUAUGUAGGUGCAACAUUGUGUUGGUUUCUCUAAACUGGUUCUUGUUGAUCGAGGUCACCCUGAUAGAGUUGUGAUGUUCUUAACUGCCAUUGUAGAAGGAGAGAGCUUGUUAUUUUGUUCUAUCCCAUGAUCUGAUUGUCAUA